UUGAGUAGCAUUGCAUUGCACACGAUGUCCCGUGGAAAAACUAUCACCAACAGGAUCGCCUUUGCAUCUUUUUGGCUAUACCUUUUGAUGGAGUUACCUUGACGCCACUUAUAGAAGAAGCUCAAACUUUACCCAUAAUCGCUGCAAAACAAAACAGUGAAACGCAACAAGGUAUCUCCAAGAAAAAAGUGCCACAAUAUACGUAUAACGAACAAAUUCAAUAUCUAAUCUUCCAUGACUCUGGGCGGUCCGACGAAUGGCCGGUUUGCGUGGGCUGACGGCGGCGUCUGUCUGGGCGGCAGUGAAGUGGAGAACCGGCGUUGGCAGUGAGGAUCAUACCGGUUCAAAGGUUGAACCGGCCCUACGGUUUAGCGAUUCGCUGGCAGCAACGGGAAAGAAAAAGGAAGGAGAGGAAGAAAAGAAGAAGGAAGAAGAAGUAGAGAGAAGAGGCGGUGGCGCGGGUGAUGUCCGGUGGUUCGAGGGCGGCGGUGGUUCGGGGAAGGUUGCGGCUUGGGAGAGAGGAAAGGAAAGGGAAGGAAAGAUGAGAGAACCGAGAACAUACCUGGAUAACUACAUUUAGAAGGGAGUUUACGUUGUAUAACAGCGGAUACGCUCUCGCCAACAAUAAUGCACUUGUCUCCUUGCAAUCUCAUUUUGUUCGUGCAAAGUUCCUUCAAGAAUUUGGCAUACUUCGGCACUUGUUUGAUAGCAUUCAACAAAGGUAUGCUCAACUCCAUUUUUCUAAACAUCUCCAUCAUCUCCUUAUUUUUAUCGCUCUUUUUCGGUUCUCUAACCUGCAAAGAAAUAGUGCGGUGUUAGUUUUAGGAU